CUCCCGCGUAACGCCCCAUGUGUUGAGCACCUAGGCUUUUCUCUUUUUAUACUUUUUUCUAAUCUUCUGCUACGGACGACGAAAAGAAAAACAUGAAGACGAACGCGACGACGUCGUCCGUCAAUGCCUCGGCAGAGCCAGAAGCAGAAGUCAGUGCCUCCUCUCCUUCCGUCUCAGCCACCGAGGCGCUUUCUGUACACCUGAUCUCUGGGCUGGGCCUGGGCCUGGCCGUCUUGCUGGCCCACAAUGUCUACUCCGUCAACCUCGUCUCUCAUCCUUCUCUCACUCUCUGUCUAAUCUGGGUUAUUGAGAGCCCAAUUGUGAUUCUUCUCUACAGUCGUUACCGAAACAAUCGCGAAGAAUGCUCGUACUUGAAAGCUGUGGGACGAGGCUUACUAGGACUUCCUGUUGGGGCUCUAGUAAAUGCUUUGGGAGCUAUCGCAUUGGGCGCACCUGUUGGCACUCAGUACUUCUCAAAGACCAUUAACUGGUCUCUUAUGAUGUCAUUGUUCACUAUUGUGCCUGCUGCUUCUGUAUUUGGUGUGUCAUGGAAGGAUUGGCAACGAAUAUUUGCACAUACAAAGUCAGUUGGAUCUGUUGAUCUUAUAAUUUGCCUACCGGCACAUGGAGCUGUAAUUGGGGCUUGGUUCGGGGCUUGGCCAAUGCCGCUUGAUUGGGAAAGGCCAUGGCAGGAAUGGCCUAUUUGUGUGGGUUAUGGAGCAAUAGCUGGGUACCUGCUUGCAAUGGUGGCCUCCUUCUGCUUUGUCCUCGCGCGUGCUACAUUACAUCAUGUCAAACGAGACUAACAAGCAAGCCUUCCAAUUGUUAUUAGCUUAACAAGAUGGAUGCAUUUCUGGAGAGAUAUUUUCCCCCCCUUUCAUUUACAGGCUUUCCUUCUUCUUCUUUUUUUUUAAUAUUAAUUGUAGUUUAUUGUUAUUUUUGUUCUCGUUUAUAAUUGGCAAAAAUCGCGCUUACCAUCUCGAGGUUUCAAGGAA